UCUAUCCUCUUUCUUUCUCUCUUCCCAUCACCUUUGUGUGUAUCCACAGCUGAGCGCUUCAGGUCUUCUGGGGAACACGGAGCUGAGCGUCGGGGCAGCUAUGGCCUGUUUUCUAGCACAGGAAGGGGCUGACAUCAACUAUGCCAACCACAAGGGCAAGAGUCCUCUGGACCUUGUGGCUGACAGCACAAUGCUGCAGCUCAUCAAAAACUUCUCAGAGAAGCACAGGUUGCAGCGUCUGCAGGCCAUCACAAGUGGACAGGGCUUGAGCAGUGCGAGCCUGCGGAGGGUCCACACUACGCCCAACACCAUGACAAACCUGGUUCUUCCCACGCCACCGGGGCCCAGCGAAUGCCUCAUCUGCUCCGAGCUGGCUCUGCUGGUGCUCUUCUGCCCCUGCCAGCACAGCGUGGCCUGUGAAGAAUGUGCCCAUCGAAUGAAGAAAUGCAUCAAAUGCCAAGUCACAAUCACAAAGAAAAUUAGACAAGACCAAACAGAGGUGGACUGCAGUCCUGGAAAUGAGAACUCGGAGCAGCACAACCUGCUGGAGCAGCUGCAGUCCCGCUACCGGCAGAUGGAGGAGCGGAUCACCUGCCCCAUCUGUAUAGACAACCACAUCAAGCUGGUCUUCCAGUGCGGACACGCCUCCUGCAUCGACUGCAGCGCUGCGCUCAAGACCUGCCCCAUCUGCCGGCAAACCAUCCGCGAGCGGAUCCAGUUGUUUGUCUGAGCUCCUCUGUAGCUCGUACGUGACCCAAAGAGGAUGUCAGCAGGGGAUUGGAAAGAAGUAUGGGUGGGGGUUGGGGGUUGGGGGUGGGAGGGGGCAGCUGUUAUCGCUUGAAGACCCAGCGACCUGUAUUUGCCUGUCGCACCCUCCUGCUCAUGCCCACCACACGUAAUCAAAUGCGCACUCUGCCCAUGAUGCUUUACUAUAAGACGCUGUGUUACAUCAUAACUGUUUGUUACAUUUUCUGUAGUUUCCCUCGUGAGCAGCACGGGCAGGAACACGUCGAUCAUUUUAACGUUAUUUUUCGCCGUUAGUACUGAUCAUCUGCGAGCUCAACGGGAAGCAGACAAUGUGAAGCUGGGAGAGAAAGGUCCUCAGCAUCUUCUUUUCCAUCACCUGUAAGCUGUCCUACUUUUGCUGCUUUAAGUGGAUGUCUGUUACCCAUCAUCCUCUCUGGCUGUCUGGCCCCUUCUGUUUAUAAGGCUGCACAGAAUCAGUCCCUGUGUCCUCGCCCCCUUGGCCUGUCCUGUGAGUUAUGUUUGCUCUCAUUUGUAUCAAUCGCUUAAUAAUCAGUGUUAGUCUCUGCAGAGGGAGUUGAUAUAACUAAAGGCUCUCUUUAUAGUCCCCAACCACUCGCCUGUAUGCAAGGGGAAAUACACACUAUAUAUGCAUGAGUAUAUGCAUAUUGUAAAGCUGAAAAUGACUGUGUCGUCAUGGGUGAUUUGUCGUCGUCGUCGUCGUUGUUUUUAUUUCUCUCUGGUUACAUUUGUGGAUUUUAAUGUACCGAUAAAUGCAGGUUUUUAUUUAUGUGUGAGAGGUGGUUUUACUUGGUGAUGUCCUUUUCUCAGUUGGUGUUUGCUUGGCAAAAAUGUUAUUGUUUCUACUGAAAUUCACCCCAAGCCUAUGUCCUCUACUCAGGGUAUCAAAUUAUUGAAAGCACUUGUGAUAUCCAUAAAAGGUUAAAGACCCCCCUCCAACACACACACACACACACACACACACACACACACACACACACACAC